AAUUGGAGAAUAUCAAAAGUAACGUGCUUUAAACAAAAUACCAAAAUGCGCGAGGUGAUCUCCGUCCAUGUUGGCCAAGCCGGGUGCCAAAUCGGCAACUCCUGCUGGCCGCUGUUCUCGCUGGAGCAUGGCGUGCUUGCGGAUGGGACGUUGAACCCGGACCUGAAGGUCGACGAGAAUAUGACCACGUUUUUCCACGACACCAUGUCCGGGCGGGUCGUUCCGCGGAACAUUUUCAUCGAUUUGGAGGACUCGGUCAUCAACGAGAUCCGGACGGGGACGUACCGCAGUCUGUACCACCCGCAGUACAUGAUCACGGGGAAGGAGGACGCAGCGAAUAACUACGCGCGUGGGCAUUACACCGUUGGCCGGCAGAUCAUUGAGCAGGUGUCGACGGCGAUCCGGAAGCAGUCGGAGCAGUGCGAUGGGUUGCAGGGAUUUUUGGUGUUUCGUUCGUUCGGGGGAGGCACCGGGUCGGGGUUUACGUCGCUGUUGAUGCAACAGAUCGCCAUGGAUUACGGGAAGAAGUGCAAGCUUGAGUUUGCGGUUUAUCCUGCGCCUAGGAUUUCGACGGCCGUUGUGGAACCGUACAAUAGCGUACUGACCACGCACACCACGAUGGAGUCGUCCGACUGUUGCUUCAUGAUCGACAACGAAGCCACGUACGAUAUCUGCACGAAGAAUCUCCAGAUCGGUCGUCCCGAUUAUCACCACUUGAACGCGUUGGUCGCCCAGGUGGUCUCGUCCGUGACGGCAUCGCUUCGCUUCAAGGGUACCAUGAACGUCGAUCUGAACGAGUUCCAGACGAACCUGGUCCCGUAUCCCCGUGUCCACUUUCCGCUGGUUUCGUACGCACCGCUCUUGUCGGCGUCCAAGGCCCAGCACGAGUUCUCGUCCGUUUCGGAGAUCACCCACGCCGCCUUCAGCCAGGAGAACACCCUGGUCAAGUGUGACCCCCGCACCGGCAAGUACAUGGCCUGUUGUCUGCUGUACCGUGGUGACGUCGUUCCGAAGGACAUCAACAGUGCCGUCAGUGCCAUCAAGGCCAAGCGCCACAUCACCUUCGUCGAGUGGUGUCCAACCGGGUUCAAGAUCGGCAUCAACCAGCAGGCGCCGUCCAUUAUGCCCGGCGGAGAUCUGGCCAAGCCCAAGCGAGCCGUCUGCAUGCUGUCCAACUCGACGGCCAUUUCGGGGGCUUGGGAGCGGUUGAACCAAAAGUUUGAUCUCAUGUACCGGAAGCGGGCGUUCGUUCACUGGUACGUGGGGGAAGGUAUGGAGGAGGGCGAGUUCAGCGAGGCACGUGAAGAUUUGGCCGCCCUGGAGCGGGACUACGAGGAGGUCGCGACUGAUACGGCUGGCGAUGAGUACGGAGAAGGUGAUGACGAAUAUUGAAUGGUUUAAGGUUUUUAGCGGAUGUGUUUUUCAAUUGUUUAAUAAACUAGUGUUUUGAUGAAGUUUUGACUAGA